UUGUCAUUUCCUCGUGACGAGUACACUCGUGAAAGAUAGCUGACUGAUUAAAACGAGACACGGCAGAAGCUACGACAAUUUUCAGGAUGACCUACUAUCGAUUUUGACUUUGAACAACUGAAACGAUAAAAAAUUAAAUAGAUUCUUUGGACGGUGACAAAGAAGCAAACAAGGAAAUGGGUAGCGCGUUGAUCGUGAGAAAUCAACGAGCCGAAACGAAGAAGAACGAGGCGACGUCGCUGGAAUCUCUCAGAGAAACGAUAUUAGAACUAAAAAAGAGCCUGAACGAGACUGAGAAAAAACGGCGCGAGAAUUCCAAAAAUUUGGAUACUUGGAGUGUUAAAGAAAAGCAGAGUAACAAGCAGGAACAGAAGAAGCGAACUGCUGCUGGAAGAAACAAUUACGAAAAAAGUGAAAACGACGACGAAAGAAACUUCGGCUGGUGGGAAAAUCUAGGAGCAGAAAGGUUGAAUUUAAAAAAGCGUGAGCCAAGCACCGAGGAUCUUGAUGAGAAGAAUGCUCAUCUGAAAGUGUGGAGAACGAAGAGGACUGGAGUUAAUAACGACGAUGGUAACCCGAAACUCUUUCAUAGAGCGGGGUUUGGGGACCCGUACCUUGAAGAGGACACGCUAAAAGAGCUUCAUGACCGUAAAAGACGUAGCAAAGGAACGCCGUCAGAUGAGAAACGUCAUUUAAACGAAGCUCAGGAUGGAAACAAGUCGGCAGCUGAUGAGAAAAAUUCCAUAAAAAUAUCAAAGACAUCUGGCUGCGGCGACGCGGAUGCUUCCGUUAAAAUAGAAUCUUUGUCGAAUGAUUUGCAAGCAAGGAACGCUUUCGAACGUGAGAGCGAAUUAACGAAUAAUCCGACAGAUACCGCGGCUUCCGACGUCUCAAAGGCGGCCAUGGGUGAGAGUAAAAACACGGAAACAGGCGGAAAUUGCGAACAAUCGGAUCUAUCGCGGGAAAAUCAGAACGCGAUGGAAAACAAGUUGAUGAAGAACAAAGAAAAGGGUGAAAGUCCCGAGGGAAAUUCUUUGCAAACCUUCGAAUCCACGACGAAUGAACUGCAGGCUGCUUCGUCUACCGAAACCUCGAAUCAAGAAAAUGUCGGCUCGAGCAAGGGAGAACAGGUGAUCAAAGUCUUUGAACCUCAGAGGCAUUUGCGCGAAAACAGCGAACGAACAAAAGAAGUCGAAGAAACCGACGACGAGCACGAAGAAUUGUCUCCGCAGGUGAAGAGGUCUGCCAAAGAUUCAGGAAAUAUUAAUAUCCUGGUCAAGUCAGAAAACAAGAAUCUGAUCGAGUUCAGUAACGCGGAUGGCGAUAAAAAAUUAGCGAACGGUGGUCAAUCGCCGUUUGUGUUGAAUAUAGUUGACGUGAAGAAGAAGACGAUCGUGGAGGACGAACAGAAAGCUGGAAAAUCGGUUUCGAUGCUUUACAACAUGAAGUUACACAAGUCACAGGUCGAUAAGCCUGUCGAAGGUGCGAAUAAACGAGAUGCAGAGGCGAGAAACGACGAAGUUCCGGUUGGUAGCGUGGUGCUUGAUUUUCGGAAGAAUAAACUUAAGGAAGUGCCAUACGAAGACACGCCCGCGUCUACGAACACGAUGAAAGAAAGGAACGUGGAUGAGAAACGACUUGAGAACUCUGCAGACCUCGACAAAGGAUCGGAACAAAGCGGCGUCAACGAAGAAGGAACUCGAAACUGGUUCGGAGAGGCAGCUCGUAAUCAGAUGGCUAUGAACGUCGAUCACGGUGCAGCUGAGAAAUGUAAUGACCUAGGCGGAAAGGAUAAAUUUACGAACGCAGAGGGGCGGUUUAACGAUAAUAAAGAGAAGGGAGACUCCGUUCAGGGAUCUAAUAAGGAGGCAGAGCCGAACCGAGAGAAUAAAGAAGGAAGAAAUAAGAAAUAUAGAGAAAUAUUCAUAAUGACCAAUGGAAUAGAUGAUAGGAUAAUGAAUGAUAAAUAUGGUCAGAGAAGAAUAUUGCAGUAUAUGGAGUACUCUAACGACGAUGUCGAAGAUACCGAUGUGAAUUACAGUGACAAAGAGGAAGAGGAAAAUCAACAUCAGGCUGCUGCAGAGAAGAGCGACGCAGCAACGCGAAGGAAAGAACGAGCCGCGUACAGCGACAGAAAGAAAGAUAAAGUGAAUCUGUUGAUUAAAGAGAAAAUCGACAAAAAGAAAAAACCUCGACAGAGAAAAAGACGUAAUCCAAGUGUAAUCGAAUACUACGAUUACGAUAGCAACCUCGAGCAGCAGGAUCACGAAUCCUUGUCACCGACAAGCGAGCAACAGCGAAGUAAAAACAAUUAUCAAGACAAGAGCGCCAUCGAAUUCGACGCGGGACCUGGUAAUCACGCGUGCACUUCCCCAUCGAAAAACUAACGACAAAACUGCUAAAAUCUUAUGUAGUAAAGUUUCGACAGAUUUCCAAUAAUCCACUCAAAUCAUCGAUUCGAUAUCACCAGGUUAGGCCAUGAGUUAAGGUGAAUGCGUGUUUUGACGAAUACGUCGCAGCAAUUAAACACGAAGAUCUCAGCAGAAGAAUAUAGUAAAUCGAACUUUUCAUGUUCACGGAGGGACAAUUUUUAAAUUGAAUAUGUUGUCAGAAGUUUUAUAUAACAAACUGCACUUUCUUAAUACAAUUUUAAUAUCAAAUAUAUGUAAAUCUUUGCCACUUUCUUAAAUAUUUCACAGAUAUUUUUUUUUUUAUAUAUAAUAUAUUUGUUGUAUUUUUAUAAAUACAAAGAGAUACAAGCUAAAAGUGUCUAAUAACAGAUUUUUACGUAGCGUUUACCUACAUACAUUUCAGAUGUUUUAUUCGUCACAGAGCACGCAUUCGCUGUACCCAU